AUGGCAACAACUCCUGAAGAGGAACAAUUGGAAGAUGUUGAUGAACGACGAUUGAAUCGAGUUGCCUAUGAAUAUUUGUGUAGAUGUGAAGAAGUUAGAACGUGGGUUUUGGAUUUUUGUUGGGAAAAUUUGUGAGGGGUUGGGCACACCUGGCGAGAGAGUGUCCCAAAAUUGUUGUGCAGUGUGGAAAUUUUUGAAAAAAAAAUUGUGCAGCGUGAAAAUAUGAAUUUAUUUGAAAAUUGUCAUCAAAAUCCGCUGAAAAUCAAUGAAAACUUCACUUUUUCGUGAAAAAAUGUACAGUGUGACUUUUGAAAAUUUUUGUACAGUGUCCAUUUUGGACACGUCUCGUCAGGUGUGGGGUUGGGUGAAAAAGCGUCAAAGUUUAUCCCAAAUAUCAAAUCAGAAUUAUUUGUUGCGUGAAAAUGCAGUGCCUCUAAUUCUCAUUUCCAAUAAAAGUUCAUCAAAAUAAUGCAUUUUUGAUCCGGAUGAAAAUAAUCGGAUUUGCUGCAUUUUACGAGCACGUAAGUUGUAGUAACUAGGUGAAUCUGAUGUGAGGAAUGGACUUUUUUGGGAGAAAAAAUCCCUGAAAUUAGUUAACAUGAGCAAUCUCAGAAUUUUAGGCUCGAAAAUAGAUCUAGAAAAUGUUUGGCUCCCAAAAUUCUAGACCAAUUUUUGAAGGUCAAAACGAUAGGAUCAUUUAAAAUGAGCAAUUCCAGCAUUUUCAGCUCGAAAAUUUGAUUUUUGAUUUCUGGCCAAAAAUGUGCUCAAAAACACAAUAUUUUUAUAAUUUUCGCAUUUCAAAUCAAAACUUGUGAAGCUUCUUGCAAAUCCAAAAAAAUUCUGCGAACUCGGAAUUUAAAAAUAUUAUGUAGCAUUACUCAUAUUAAACUCCAUAAAAAAUCCGGUUUUUUCUAACCCAUUUUCCUUGAGCUUUGUAAGUAAUCCCACUCCAUCAUCCAAUUUUUCCCACGCCAACAAAUAAACACAAACACAGAAUGCAAUAUAAAUAUAUUUGCAGAUGGUUGUCAGAAUGCCUAAAAGAUGAGGCAAUCGUAAAAGUGGGUGAGCUGGAGGAGAAUCUACGAAACGGCGUAUUAUUGGCGAGAUUGGCCAACUCGUUUGCACCCGAAAUUGUGCCACAAAAAGGCAUUUUCGAUCAGUCGCAGGAGAAAUAUCGACAGAAUGAGAAUACGCCGGUUUAUCGGCACACGGAUAAUAUUAUGCAAUGGAGAAGAGCUAUGGAAAGUGUGCAUUUGCCAGAGGUUUGUUGAGCGCGGGGGAAAUUGGAGAAGGUUGGGAUUCAGAUUUCUCGAAAAAAUUGUGUUAUGACGUGACAAACGCUGAAAAAUGUUAUUAAAAUCCUGAAAUUUUUUUAUGAAAAAGUUAAAGUGAUUUUUGAAAAAAAAAAGAGCUUGAACUUCUUCAGAUUUCUCGAAAAAUUAUGUUCUGACGUGGCAAAGGUUAGAUAGGCUUUUUUGGGAUUCUAUGAUAAUUUCAGGUUUAUUGAUCAAAAAAAUGGCCUAGAAAUCCAAAGAUGGCCUAGAAUCUCAAAAAAUGGCCUAGAACCUCGAAAAUCAACCUAGAAACUCGCAAAAUGGCCUAGAAUCCCAAAAACAAGGCUUUCAAAUUCAAACAUGGCCUAGAAACCUGUGAAAUGGCCUAUAACCUCAAGAAAUGUCCAAGAACCUCCAAAAAUUGCAUAGAAAUUCGCAAAAUGGCCUAGAAAUUCGAAAAAUGGCCUAGAAACCCAAAAAAUGUCUUUCAAACCUGAAAAAUUGCCUAGAAGCCUGCAAAAUUGUACCAAAAAAGGCCCAAAAACCCAGAUUUUCAGGUUUCAGGUCUAAAAUUUUUAUGAAAAAUGCUAAUUUUCAGGAAAAAAAUUCCCAAAAAAUUCUGAACCAAUUUCAAUUUUCCAGAUUUUCAUCCCCGAAACAGCGGAUGUUUUCGAAGGACGAAACAUGAAAACAGUGUUCUGCCUGUUCGCCCUCGCCACACUUCUUCAUCGUCAGCGAAAAGCGCCGCCAAUGCGAAAUUUGGCCGGAAAAGCGAAAUUCUCAAAUAACGAACUCGAAGAAAUGAAGGAAAAUCUGAAAGAUUCGAAACUACCUGAGUUCGGAGAUGUUGGAAAUCUUUUGUCAGAUCGAAAAAAUCGAGGAGAAGCUGAUUGUGAGAAACUGAAAGAGCUCAAAAAAUCGGUGGAUGAAAGGGAUUUGGAGGCAUUUAAAGAGGCGAUUAAGAAUUGCUCGAUUGAUUAUUUGGAAGUUGAAUUGGCACAAAAAUAUUAUGAACAAUUUGUGGAGAAAGAAUUGGAGAAAGAGGAAGAGUAUUCGAAAUUAUAUGUUCAAUCAGUUGUGAAUUCUGUUAAUAGUAAGAAUUUUUUUGAAGAAAGAAAAAAAAUCAAAUUCUUUCAAAUUCCAGAUCAACACGCGUUGGAAAAAUUGGAAAACAACCCUUCAGAAUCGGAAAUUUUGGAAAUUUUCGAUCUUCUUCAAUUCGAAGAUGUUCGUCAAUUCGCAAUUGGUUUAUAUUUGGAACUCUUGAAAGAUGUUGAAAAACCGUUGACCAGAGAAAAAGUAUUUCAAGUUAUCCAAGAAGCCAAUGCGUUAGUCGAAAUUCGAAUUGCUGUUGAGCACGGAAGUUCGGAAGAUGUGUUAAAUGCGUUAAAGAAUUUGAAUUUGAGAGAAGGAGUGAAGGCGAGCAAUGCGAAAUUGUAUUAUAAUCGGUGGGUUUUGAGGAAAUUUAAGGCCUUAAAAUUAAGGUCUAAAUGUGUAAGGGUAAGGAAAAAUGUUAACCGAAAGUGUUAGUAUCUUAAGAGUCCCUGAUUUUGUUCAAAAAAUGAAAACUAGCUUAAUUUUCUCUUUGAAAUUUAAAAUUUUCCCAGAUUUUUUAUUUGAAAAUUUUCUAGAAUUUUUCCAGCUUACCAAAUUUUCAUGAAUUUGAGAUUAAACUUUCCUCUUUUCUUAGAAAAAAAAAAGAAAAUUUUUACCUGAAAAUUUAUACAAAAAAUGUUUUUUUUUUUUAAUUUUAAACUCACCCAGAUAUUUUAUUUGAAAAUUUUUGUUCCACGAAAAAUUCUCUCAAUUUUUUAUAGUUUCAAAAUUUUCUAGAAUUUUUCUGAUUUUUAGCUUGAAAUAAUUUCAUUUUAAAAUUUUUCCUUUUUUUGAGUUUCUCUGGAAUUCUAAGUUUUCCGAAAUUUUGAAACAAAAUUUCGGAUAUUUCUUACGAUUUCAACUGUCUCCAGAUUUUUCCCGACCUCAAAAUUUUCAACUCACAAUUUUGCAGCCUCCGAAAACUCUACGAGAAUGCUCCCGAAGAUUACUAUCUCAAAAAAUCGGAACUCGAAAAAAUCGUCGAAGAAUUCGGCGAUAUUUCCGAAGAAAAACGAGUCCUGAUGGAAUUGAAUGAAUCAAUUCAAAGAGAAGAUCUCGAUGCAAUUGUGACGAUUUUGAAAGUUGAAGGAGAUGUUUAUAUUCAAGAGAAUCUUGAGUAUUAUGUGACACGGAUGAAAUUGAAUAAACCGAAAAAGUUGGGCGAUGUUAGGCAGGCGUUGAAGGAGGUUAAUCAUCAGGUUCAUAUUGCGUUUGAGGAAUUGGCCACAGGUUUGUUAGAUUUAUCUCCAGAAAAAAAUCGAUUUUGAAAAAGCUAAAAAUUGAUAUUUUUCCAGUAAUCCAGUUGAAUUCGUCAAUGCUGAAAGGAGAUGAAAAUUCAGUUAGAUCAAAUUUGGAUAAACUUAUCAAAUCAAUCCGGCCAAACACUUUCCGAAAAGAGUUGAAUCUUUGGUAUUCGCGAAGACUUUUGAAUGCUCCGGAAGAUAAAAAGAAAAACAACAAUACGAUUUCAUUGACAAACAGCUGGUUGGAUCAUGAAUUUGCAGCUGGAAAUGUUUAUAUGGAAACGAAGACGAUGCAAAAAUCGACGAAACCGCAAGAGCCCGAAGAAUUGGGAUAUUUCAAAUGGAAAGAUAUUGAGAAAAUAAUGGAUGAGGAGAAUGUUGCAUUCGAUGAAUAUUAUAAACAAAAUGAACAACGAGUGAUGAAAUCGCAAAAUGUGAUGAAGGAUUGGAUUGGAAGGAAACGAGAGGAGAAAUUGAGAUUGGAAAUGGAGGCGAAAGAAUUGGCGGCAAAGAAAAUACAAGAAAAGUAUAAGGUUUAUAGGAAUAAGAAGGAUUUGGAGAGUUUGAGUGAGUUUUUUGAAUAGGGAACGUUUCAAAAUUAAAAUUUUUAUUUCAGAAACAUCUGAAACUCCAAGCCUAUCCCUUGUCCGAAAAUUUGUUCAUAUGCUUGAUGGUGGAUUCAGUGAAGAUUUGCAAGUUGUUGACGCCAAAGUUGAGAUAACUCGACUUAUGGCUGCAAAUCGACAAUUGGAUGCGAAUCUCAUUGAAUUGGAUGAGAAGAUUGGAUUGUUGAUUAAAAAUCGACUCAAUUUACAGGUGAUUUUUUGGAAAAAAUUUUGAAAUUUUUUUCUGAAAACAUUUAAAUUUCACGUGAACUUUUGACGUCAAAAAUUGUUUUCAUUUCUCUUUUUUUUCCUCAAGUUUUAGAGCUGUGGAAGAGAAAACCAAAUAAAUCUAGGUCAUAUAGGUUCUCUUCCUAGCGUCAACCAGUUUCACUUUCCCCUGUUUUCAGGAAGUAAUUGCACACCGUGAUAAAACUGCAGAAGCAGCUGAUUCCUACACAGUUCGAACAACUUCGAAACAACAAAGAAAAGAAAAAUCGAGUGUUGAAUCAUUGGAACAACUUCUAUAUUAUCUUCAAACAAAACCAAUUUAUCUUGCGAAUCUAAUUGAAGAUUGUGAAGCUGCGCAACUAUCAAAAUCCACGUUGAUCUCUGAAGUUAUUUCACCAAUUUUCGGAUUUUUGAGCGAUAAUCGAGAACAAUUUUUGGUGGUUCGAUUGUUGUGUGAGUUAUUGAAACGGGAUGUUGAGAAGCUGAAGAAAAUUGAUGAUUUCGGAGGAUUCUCGAUUGAUGGAUUUGAGAAUAUCAAAAAUGAUCCAAGUCAAAGCAUUGUUGAUGAAUUGCAAAGUUUUGUUGAUGAAGAAUCGCGAGUUGUCACUUUCCAUUUGGAACCAACUCAACUCUAUCGCGAACUUUAUCAGCAGAAAAUUGAGACGGCCGAAAAAGCGAUACAGGAUCAGAAAGUCUCGCAGAUUUUGAGCGAUUCGCUGAGCUUUUUGGCAAAGUGGAGCGAGAUUUUUAGUGAUGCCAUUUUCAAGAAAUUCAAGUUGGGGUAAGUUUUGGGGGUGGGGACUUAUAUUUUUUAUCCAAAUAUUUUUGGGCGAAAAAAAUCUUGAGCGAAAAUUUGGUCAGGAAUUUGAAACAAAAAAUUGAUUUUUAAAAAAUUUUUGAGUCAAAAAUCCAGGUGGAAAUUUGAAAAUUCAAAAAAUUUUGGAAUAUAAAUUUGCUGAAUUUUUGAAUUCAUUUUUGAAAUUUUUAAUUUCGCAUCAAAAAAUGGAAAUUUGAACAUUCAGAAAAAAUUUGGAAUAUAAAUUUGCUGAAUUUUUGAAUUCAUUUUUGAAAUUUUAAUUUUCGCGUCAAAAUUUAACCCCCCCCCCCUUUCUCCCCCCAAAACCUAUAUUUUCUCUAGAAAAUCGUGCAUCUACAUGACCUCCUAUCUCGAAACAUGUCUCCGUCAUCAAUUCCCAGCAGCCACCAGUCAAGAAAUCGAUCAAAUCGUCGCCAAAUUCGCGUUCCGAACCUUCUUCGAAUUCUCGAUUCGCAACAUUUUCCGAGCUCUGGGCAAAGAAAUCAACGACGAUGCACAACAUCGACUACAAUGUGUUUGGCAAUUUUUGGAAUUCGCUGUCUCGAAUAAAGGAUAUGGAAAUGAUAAAUGGUAUUUGUCUUCGUUGAAUGCACAAGUUCAUGUGAUUCAUAAUAAGUUUAUGUGAGUUGGACCUAUAAAAAUACAAUGAAAACCAAAUAAUUUUUUUUGCAGGAAAUACAUCAAUGAAAAUGUUCGUAAUGUGAUGCUUGAUGAUAUUUAUUGUUUGAAUGAGUUUACGCAAUUCGAUCCAUUCCAAAAACCAACACUUUCCCUAAUCGACAAACAUCUUCAAAGUGUUGUCGAAUGUUUGAAAAAGAACAAGAAGCUAUUGACACAACAAACCGAUGAUUUGAUAAUUCAAUUGAUUUCUGAAGCCAAUUUACCGGGAGGCGAAAAAAUGUUGACACUUCAGUUGCAUCCCUCACCCAAUGAAUUGUUGGCCGAUGGAACGAAUCCGCAAUUAUUCACACGAGCCAAAAAACGAGUUGUUGAGCUGUUGUUGGAAGGAAUCGAGGGGAAAAAUGUGGGAGAAUUGAUUGAGAAUUCGAAAGAUGUGGAAUUGGAGAAGGAUUUGAAGGAAUUGGAAGAGGAGGGAAAAACUGAUGAGAAAUAUCAGAGUAUUGUGACGGAUAUUGCGAAUGUGAGUGCCACGGGGAAAUUGAAAAAUUUUUGGGGCCUAAAAACCACGUGGAAAUCUUUUUCUUCUAUCUAAACAUACGUCGCAUAGCCGCGUUUCAAAUCUACCAGUGCAUACCCCUAUUAUUGAAAAUUUCUGGCAAAAAGUUCCUUUUUAAUUUGCAGUUCUAAAAACUUGAGCUCAAAAUUGCUUCACUUCGACAAAAAUCUCAUUCUCAUCACUUUUGAGUCAAAUUUUGAUUAAAAAUUCCUAUUUGUCAAAAACAAAAAAAUACGUUUCGAAAUUUUGAUAUAAUUUAUUAUCAAAUAUUUUUUUCAAUGUGUUUGAAAGACUUUCAAUGUUUAUACCUUUAACGUGUCCAUUUCAAAACCCUGGGGUUUUUCUUGAUCUUUGGGAUUUCGUAUUGAGAUUAAAUCAAAACCAAAAUUCUCAAAAUUUGGAUGAAAAUUCUGAAAUUAUCGAUAGAUAGAGUACGAAGAUGAGAAAAUUUCUUCAAAAAUUCCUCUCAAAAACUUCUGAAUUUUUUCGCCCCUCACUCCAGAUUUUCCAUUUUCCCGCACUUUUUGCAAAAAAACAACAACGUAAAUCGAAUCAAAUCAAACAUUCCAUGUCAUGUUUUUCCCCGCAAUGUUUUCGUAUUACGUCGUUUACAGGAUAUUCGUUUGCAUAAUCGACGACAAAAAGAGCGACAUGAACAGAAGAAAAGUGUGGCCGAAACACGACGAAAAUUGAUUGAACAACGCGAAGAAUUGAAUGAGAAAUUGUCGAGAUAUGAAGAAUAUUUGGAGACGUGCUUGCAAAAUUUGACAAGGACUAGUCGGUGAGCGUUUUUGGAGUGAAAACGCGGGGGAAAAUUGUGAAUUUUUACACAGAAAUUGUAAAAAAGCAGCUCCAAAAUCUAAUUUUCAUCUGAAAACUUUCAAUCUCCCAAAUAUUUUAUGAAAAUAUUUGAAAAUUUGAAAAAAAAACAACGGAAAUUUCAAUUUUCAAACGUGAAUUUGGAAUUUUUAAUGAAAUUUCAAGCCCCAUCUCCAAAAAUAAUGUAAAAAAUUAAUUUUCAUCUGAAUUUGGGCUGCCUUUUUUCCAUCACACAAAAUUAAUUUUUGAAUUUUCAACCAAAAACUUUAUGAAAAUCUGAAAUUUUUAAACGUGAAUUUGGGAUUUUUAAUGAAAUUUGAAGCUCCAGCUCCAAAAAUAUCGUAGAUAUCCAAUUCUCAUCAGAAAAAAAAUUAAUUUUUUAAUUUUCAGUCCAAAUAUUCACUAUUUUGAAGUUCCAGCUCUAAAAAUACUGUAAAAAUCUAAUUUUAUCUCUCAAAUUUCAGCCGAUUGUCAUUCCGCCCAAAUACCAAAGAAGCUGGAAAAAUUCAAAAAGAACGAGCAUCUUUGGAUCAAAUCAAAACCUACAAAAGUAGCGCUGAAAAAUUGGUGAAAAAAGGAAUUUUGCUCGAAUAUCCUGGAGCCAACAAGAAAACGAAUGUUGAAAUUGCAUCGACUGAAGAAAGAGGAAUAUUUAGAAUAACGAUUUCGGAUAACUCGAAAAUUGCCGAUAAUAUGGUUUUGCAUUUUCAAGAUUUAUUGAAACUUGAUUCAGUUGAAGAGACAAGUUAUAAUCUCGAAAAUAAACUGAAUUUUGAUGUUUUGAAAACCAUUCAAUAUAUUAAUAAGAAAUUUUAUAAUAAGUAG